AUGCCUCUGUCCCACCUCACUUUGACCGUUUCGCAUCUCCCCACUUCAACUUCGUUCUUCCUUUCCUGCCUUCAGCCCUUGGGAUAUCAAUUCAUUGGUCGCCAUGAUGACUAUAUCGGGUUUGGUCAAAAGUCUGGGGAGCCAGCGGAUUUUUGGAUAACAGAACAGAAGCCAGGGGUUCCGGCUGGCGCUGCACACGUCGCCUUCCCCGCGCCGUCAAAAGAGGCGGUGGGCAAGUUCUUCAUCCAUGCGUUGAAGUCGGGAGGGAAGAUUCACGGCGAACCCAAGUGUCGCGAUUCUGAGUCCGGCUACUACAGUGCAGCAGUCAUUGAUUUUGAUGGGAACAGCGUCGAGGCGGUAUACCGCCCAGGCAAAGAACGUACCAGGUCAGAAGUCAGUGCACCAGCAAUGGGCAUGCUCGAGAGUGGCUCUGUGGUGUCCAAGGCUAGCUCUAGGGCUAGCUCCAAGGCCAGCUCCGUGAAGUCUGAGAGCAUUGCGCCUCCCAGAUCAGAAGCUAAGUCGUACGUUUCCAAGGCGAGCUCUACCAUGGAACGGCCUAGACUAUCUGAUAGGAGUAUGAGUAUGCCCCUGGAGAGAGCUGCGCCAUCAGGGCGAGGUGCACCCUCCGUCAUUUCCCAGCAAACGCAUCACAUCCAGCAUGCACCAUCUCCGACAUAUGUCGUGCAUCACACAACGCAACAACACACUCAUCAGAAAACCGAGGAUAGCGGCACCACAGCCAAGACCAUUGUCGGGUCUCUCAUCGGUGCUGCAGCAGGUGCAGCUAUUGCAUAUGCAUGGACAAAAGGGGGCGACUCGCAAUCGGAAGCUACGCCCCCUCCGCAGUACUCUCCUGAACAGCAGUGGUCUCCUCGCGACAUCCCGCAGCUGCUGUCUCCCUCCUCGCAGGCCCCCUCGCAAGCCGAGGAGCCGCAGGGGUACAGAGCUAUCGAGGCCCCUCCUCCAAGGAGCUCUUACGCUCCGUCGGAAAUACGAUCGUCUGUCAGCCGCAGUGUUAGUUCCAAGAACCCACGUGCGAGCACCAUCUAUGAGGCCACUGAGUACUUCCCACCUGGUGCAAAUGGCAGCGUGUACAUGGAUGACAAUGGUCGCCGAGCCUCGGAGGGAAGCGUUUACUCGACGGGUGAGCUGCCCCUGCGAGCCAUCGAAUACUCGCCGCCAUCCCGCGCUGGAACGUACCCAGAAAACGCCAGCACCUUGAUCAGCAGCUUUGCCGACAAAUCACGAGCCAUGAGCAUGGACAAGGGCAGUGUGUACUCGUCAUCGACGGUCAAACAGUCCAAGGCCGACUACAAGGACAACCAAUCCGCUCAUGGCUCGCAGUACUCCUCCCGCUCCGCAGCCAAGUCUCAGGCCGGCAGCACCGCUUCCUCCACCCGCACGGCACGCAACAUCCCUCUCCCUGAAGGGUCCGUGGUCUCGGCGUCUUCCUACCGCUCCGCUUCCAAGUCGGGCGUUUCUGCCCGCAACGUUCCUCUGCCAGAGAGCGUCAUUGAUGAUUUCGAAAUUAACACGCAAGUUACACCCGACGACUCGAUCAGCCAGAUUGAUGAUAGACGAUCAUCCUACUCGGCGGCACGAUCCCACCACUCCAAAGCUGCCUCACAGACUUCCAAGCGUUCUAGCAAGUUCGACGAGCCCGUUAGACCUAGUGACAGCGUCAGCCAAGUCUCCAGCAACGUCUCUAAGUCAUCUCAACGGACUAUGAAAGCGGGUGGUGGCACUGUGGUUGGUGGCAGUGUGGCAGGUGCCUCCAAGGCCCCCUCGAAAGUCAGCAGCAGCCGAAGAGGAAGCCAAGUUGCGUGA